UAUAUGCACAUUAAAAGUUUUAAGACUGUUCAAAAAUUUAUUUUCACAGGAUACAGGGAAAGUGCGUUUGUGUUUGCCAUCUCCGCUGCCGGUGUAGCUCAUAAUGUUGCUCGAGCUUGCAGUCAAGGACGGCUGGUGUCCUGCGGUUGUGAUCCUUCAAUUAAUAGGAAAACGCUAAACAGAAAUCUUAGAAGAAGCCUUGAUAAGGAGAAGAAGCUAUUUCUCCAAUACUUAGAAACAAACCAAAUAUUAACACCUGAAGAGGAGAAGAAGUACGAAAGGGCGAAAAUUACCAGCCGCUGGAAAUGGGGAGGAUGUUCUCAUAAUAUGGACUUUGGUGUUGAGUUUUCUAAGCUAUUUUUGGAUUGCCGCGAGAAGGCUGGAGAUGUACAAUCAAAAAUUAACCUGCAUAAUAAUAAUGCUGGACGAAUCGCUGUUUCCAACCACAUGGAGCUACGAUGUAAAUGUCAUGGAAUGUCCGGUAGCUGCCAGUUAAAAACUUGUUGGAAAUCUGCACCGAAUUUCCACAUAGUAGGUAAAAUGCUUAAGCAUCAGUUUCGACGGGCUUUAUUAGUGGACCAAUCUAAUUUGGGAAAUGGGGAACCUAUAGUUGUACUAAAACGAUCACGAACUAAGAAACAAAAUUCUUCCACAAAAAUUAAGCAAGCUGACAACCGAGAACGAAAUGAACCUCCCAUUCGCAAAAUGAAGAUGGAAAAAAAUGAAAAAAGGUCUGCCGGCUCCCUUGAGACAUCGUUAUUUUAUUACCAAAGAUCGCCGAAUUUUUGUGAGCGAGACUUAAACGCAGAUAUUCAAGGAACAUCAGGCCGCAGAUGCAACCAGAAUAGUACUGUUAGCGACAGUUGCACAUCACUGUGUUGUGGCCGAGGCUAUAAUUUAGUCAAACAAAAGCGGGCUGAGCGUUGCAAUUGCAAAUUCCAAUGGUGUUGCAACGUGGAAUGUGAUGAAUGCCAAAUCGAAGAGUGGAUAAGCGUUUGUAAUUAAUUUUAUUGACUUAACACUAUUAGCACAAUAUGUAUCAGGUAUGGAGGAAUUUGCUACAAUUGUAAAUAUGUAUAAAUAAGAAUAUUCAAUACAUACAUAUUUUUUAUCUAAAAAUCAUUGAAUAAACAUAUUCUAAAAACAAUAUAGCUUGCACAUUGUAUAAUAAUGUAUUUUGUAAUGAUCAAAUAAAAGUGUACAUAUCACAAGACGGAGCAAGAGCA